UGGUUUUUUCAUUAUUACAUCUCUAACAUGUUACAGCUGUCAACUUGGCAACGCUUGAAAAUUUUUGUUUGCGCCAAAGGGGGUAGCAUUUUACGGAAUUCCAUUGCUAAGCAAUUUUCUGCACAUUUAGUAAAUAAAUAAAUAAUUUAAACCGGUGGAUAUAGUGAAAAAGUGCUUAAAACAACACGGAAGAUGAGUUUGAGCCUCUGCCGCAAGCGGCGUUCCAAAGAGAACAGCGAUGCUUCGACUGUUUGUACCAACAUUAGCACAGCAGCUACGCAGGGAAAUCACACAAGUGCGAAACAACGCAAAAUAAAUGAGCUUGCUGCUGAUCCCCUAGCAAAUAACGCAGUGGCACAGGAUAACAUACCAACAUGUAGCCAAGCAAAGAGGCAGAAGCGGAUUGAAGUACGACAAUCAAACGCUUCAAGUUCGCAAAUAGCGCUAGAUACGUUUCGUUGUGGCAAGAUCAAUAAGGUAGUUUUGGUAAAUUUUAUGUGUCAUGCCCAUUAUCGCAUCGAAAUGCAUCCGCGCGUCAAUUUUAUGGUUGGACGCAAUGGUUGCGGCAAAAGCGCUAUACUCGCUGCACUUGUUGUCGGAAUGGGUGGACGUGCACGAGCCACUAAUCGCUCGACGGCAUUACACAGUUUAAUAAGAAACGGUCAAAGUACAGCGCGCGUCGAAAUCACCAUCUCCAAUGAGGGUCCUGAGGCUUUUAGACCUGAAGAGUAUGGCGAUGAAAUAACAAUUGUGCGUAACAUCACACAAACAGCUAGUAAUUACAAAAUUAAGAAUGCACAUGGACGCGUUGUAUCAGAUAAAUUUGACGAAUUGAAGCGGAUCAUAGAAAUACACAAUAUACAAGUUGAUAACCCGGCAUUUGUAAUGAAUCAAGAUAGUGCGCGUGAAUUUUUGAAGGACAUGGAACCAAAGAAAAAUUAUCAACUAUUUUUAAAAGCCACACAGCUCGAUUCAAUACAGGAUCAGCUGUACAAGUGCUAUUAUGAAUAUCAGGAUCACAAACAACGUUUGAAACAUAUAGAAAAGAAAUUAGAGCAGGAUCAACAAAGGAUCGCAGAACUAGAGUCGGAACAUCGUAAAUUGUUAUCAUUUGCACAACUUAAACAUGAAAUAAAUCAGAAACGUUCUGAAUACGAGUGGUCAUUGGUAAGUCGCUUGGAGCAGGAAAUUAACAAAGUGGAAGAAGCGCUUGCAGAGGCUCUAAGCGAACGUGAGAAAUUGGAAGAGCAAUCUCUGCGCAAAAAUGAAAUUGAAAAUGAACGCAAAACUGAGAUAGACCGCUGUAUGGAAAUAAUCCAUCUUAACCGGGCAGAAUACAGUGAAAAAAAUGAAAAAUGCCAAAGCAUCAAUGCGAGAUUGAAAGAAAAGGCAAACAAUUGUCAUAGCUUGAAAUAUGACGUCGAGAAUUAUAAAAAGCGUGUUUCGCAUUUGGAAUCGAUAAUAGUUGAUUUGCAGCAAAAUAUCGCACAGCGUUCAAAAUCAAUGGGUGUUGAAGAACUGCGGCGUCGCAAUGAAGCUGAACUGGAGACUUUACGCAAAACACAUCGCGAAAAUAAGGCAAUGAGUAUAUCAGCUAAGCGGGAGCAUGAAAUUUUUGUAGAGAACAAAUCGCAAAAGGAGGAAGAAUGUAGAAAUUUUAAACUCCAAAUGGACAAUUGCGGUCGCAGAAUUGAUAAGCUUAAGCGCGAUAUUGCAAAUUUACAAGCGAACAAAAAGAAUCGCUAUUCGAUUUAUGGACAAGAGAUGCAAGCACUUUUGGAUGAAAUAGAGCGCCAUUGCCGCGCACGUAAGUUCAGCGAUCGCCCGCGUGGUCCCAUCGGCAGUUAUCUGGAUGUGCCGGAACAGAAAUAUCGUGAUGUGGUUGAGAAUCAAAUUGGCGGUUUGCUGCGUGCAUUCAUAGUGAACAAUACAGCCGAUCGUGUGUUAUUAAAUUCGAUUAUAAGACAACGUUUACCGAAUAUGCAAGUGACAAUUGUAACGGCUAAAUUUUCAAAUAAGGUGCACGAUGUGCGUUCCGGUCGUGUACGUCCACCGCCAGGCACCUAUUUACUUUACGAUGUCAUCAAGUGUCGGGACCCAGUGGUUAUGAAUUGUUUAAUCGAUCAGCUGAGUAUUGAGACAAUUCUGUUGACGGACACCAAACAUGUUGCAGAGAAUUUUACCAUGCAACAGGAGCAGGUGCCGCAUAAUUUGCGUAAAAUUAUUGUAGCAACAGAGCCGGCUUUAGAGUAUUAUCCCGAUCCAAGGUUUCGUAUGUACUCGUUUAAGAUCCGACCUGCACGUUUCAUACAAGUAAAUGUGGACGAAUGUAUCAGGCAACUUGAACAAGAGUAUCGUAGAAUCGAAAAUGAGCGGCUGGGAUUCCAAGAUUCAUUUGCAGAAUCAGAACGCGAUUUGCGUAACUCUAUACAACAGCUCAAAGAGAAACUGGCACUAAUGCAGAAGCAUACAGUGGAGGUCACACAGUUGGAGCAACGCAUUGCCGAUUUGGAAAAUUAUGAAUAUCCCGACACAAAUGAAUCCUGUGUUUUGCAAAAAGAGCUUGCUGAAAAUGAAGAGAAACUGCAGAAAUAUUUGCAAACAUUGGAACAGAAAAAAAGGGAGUGCACUCUAGCUGAGAAUGAGAAACAAAACGUUGAAAUUGAGCUGCGGAAGCAUAUGGACAAACUGAAUGAAAUACAGGCGAAAAUACGCGAAAAAGAGAACGAAUCUAAUGAAUUACAAAUGCGCUUGCGCAACUUAUCGACCAAUUACCAAAAGUUUGAAGAUAAAAAGCGGCGCAUCGAUGAAUGCGUACAAACCGAAGAGACAAAUAAAAAACGCAAACAAAAGGAAUUAGACAAUCAAUUGAAAGUCGCGAACAAGCGUGGUGAACGUAUAGAUACUGAACGUGCACCCGAUGAUAUACUCGAUGAUAUUAAAAUAAGUGAAGUUAAAUUAAGGCAAGGUGCACCGAUCAAAGAGGAUCCCAAGAAGCUCGAGGAGGAAAUUAAGCGUUCGAAGCGUACAUUAACCGUUGAUCGGAGCACGUUGAAGACAUUUAAGUUGGUUGCUGAGCAACUGCGCCAAUCACAAUCGAAGCGUAUGUACUUUGUUAAAAGUUUCAAGGGUCAUAUGGUGACAAUGUUGCAGUAUACAUUCAAUCGUUCAAAAUCAAUGGGUGUUGAAGAACUGCGGCGUCGCAAUGAAGCUGAACUGGAGACUUUACGCAAAACACAUCGCGAAAAUAAGGCAAUGAGUAUAUCAGCUAAGCGGGAGCAUGAAAUUUUUGUAGAGAACAAAUCGCAAAAGGAGGAAGAAUGUAGAAAUUUUAAACUCCAAAUGGACAAUUGCGGUCGCAGAAUUGAUAAGCUUAAGCGCGAUAUUGCAAAUUUACAAGCGAACAAAAAGAAUCGCUAUUCGAUUUAUGGACAAGAGAUGCAAGCACUUUUGGAUGAAAUAGAGCGCCAUUGCCGCGCACGUAAGUUCAGCGAUCGCCCGCGUGGUCCCAUCGGCAGUUAUCUGGAUGUGCCGGAACAGAAAUAUCGUGAUGUGGUUGAGAAUCAAAUUGGCGGUUUGCUGCGUGCAUUCAUAGUGAACAAUACAGCCGAUCGUGUGUUAUUAAAUUCGAUUAUAAGACAACGUUUACCGAAUAUGCAAGUGACAAUUGUAACGGCUAAAUUUUCAAAUAAGGUGCACGAUGUGCGUUCCGGUCGUGUACGUCCACCGCCAGGCACCUAUUUACUUUACGAUGUCAUCAAGUGUCGGGACCCAGUGGUUAUGAAUUGUUUAAUCGAUCAGCUGAGUAUUGAGACAAUUCUGUUGACGGACACCAAACAUGUUGCAGAGAAUUUUACCAUGCAACAGGAGCAGGUGCCGCAUAAUUUGCGUAAAAUUAUUGUAGCAACAGAGCCGGCUUUAGAGUAUUAUCCCGAUCCAAGGUUUCGUAUGUACUCGUUUAAGAUCCGACCUGCACGUUUCAUACAAGUAAAUGUGGACGAAUGUAUCAGGCAACUUGAACAAGAGUAUCGUAGAAUCGAAAAUGAGCGGCUGGGAUUCCAAGAUUCAUUUGCAGAAUCAGAACGCGAUUUGCGUAACUCUAUACAACAGCUCAAAGAGAAACUGGCACUAAUGCAGAAGCAUACAGUGGAGGUCACACAGUUGGAGCAACGCAUUGCCGAUUUGGAAAAUUAUGAAUAUCCCGACACAAAUGAAUCCUGUGUUUUGCAAAAAGAGCUUGCUGAAAAUGAAGAGAAACUGCAGAAAUAUUUGCAAACAUUGGAACAGAAAAAAAGGGAGUGCACUCUAGCUGAGAAUGAGAAACAAAACGUUGAAAUUGAGCUGCGGAAGCAUAUGGACAAACUGAAUGAAAUACAGGCGAAAAUACGCGAAAAAGAGAACGAAUCUAAUGAAUUACAAAUGCGCUUGCGCAACUUAUCGACCAAUUACCAAAAGUUUGAAGAUAAAAAGCGGCGCAUCGAUGAAUGCGUACAAACCGAAGAGACAAAUAAAAAACGCAAACAAAAGGAAUUAGACAAUCAAUUGAAAGUCGCGAACAAGCGUGGUGAACGUAUAGAUACUGAACGUGCACCCGAUGAUAUACUCGAUGAUAUUAAAAUAAGUGAAGUUAAAUUAAGGCAAGGUGCACCGAUCAAAGAGGAUCCCAAGAAGCUCGAGGAGGAAAUUAAGCGUUCGAAGCGUACAUUAACCGUUGAUCGGAGCACGUUGAAGACAUUUAAGUUGGUUGCUGAGCAACUGCGCCAAUCACAAUCGAAGCGUAUGUACUUUGUUAAAAGUUUCAAGGGUCAUAUGGUGACAAUGUUGCAGUAUACAUUCAAUAACGUGCUGAGUAAGCGUCGCUUUACCGGCUCCAUUGAGGUCAAUCACAAGGAGCAAACAAUGGAAAUUUCUGUGGUGCCGCGUGAUAAUCACAUCGAAGAUGCUGUAACCAACACGCGUGCACUUUCCGGUGGCGAGCGUUCAUACACAACAGUGGCUUUCCUUAUCUCGCUGUGGGCUUGCGUUGAUCAUCCGUUCUUCUUUCUGGACGAAUAUGAUGUUUUUGCGGAUGAGGUCAACCGCGAAUAUAUGACCCUUUUGCUGAAAAAUGAAGGACAAAAGCGCGCAAAUCGGCAAUUUGUAUUUCUAACACCGCAAGACAUGUCGAUUGAAGCCACUGAUUUCAUAAGAAUACAUCGUUUGGCAGAGCCGAUUCGUAACUAACAGCAAUUAAACUGAACUCAUUCCAUCCUUCGAACAAGUAUACGUUUGCGCUCAGGCAGCGCCCCGUUUUUUCAAUAAUUUCCUUU